AUGCUGGCCCGCACCGUUUCGCGUCUUUCUGGCGUUGCUCGAAGAGGAUAUGCUGCCGCGGCCGCUGUCAAAAACGCCAACCCAGAAGAGCUCCGAUUGACUUUCGCUUCUCCUGACACUGUCCGUUUCUUCCAAUAGGUUCAGUUUAACGAUGACCAUUUGAGGCAAUCUUCAGCAACGCGGUCGUCAAGCAAGUCGAUGUUCCAACUUUGGCCGGAAUGGUCGGUGUUCUCGCCAAUCACGUCCCAACUAUCGGAGUUUUGAAGCCUGGAGUCGUCCAGGUCACCACAAACGAAGGUAUACUUCGAUUAUCUCCAAAAAAGUUGAUAACCGCCAAAAAAAUUAAGAAAGAAUGGAGAAAAUAAAUAUUCUGAAUUUUGAUGCUGCUUGCCUGAAAAUGCGUUCAAAAUUUUGCGUAGAAAGUAAUUUUGGAAACGGAAUUAUUUUUUAUUCAUUUUUUUCGUGUUUUUAUCCAGUUUUCCUUAUUUUAUUUAUGAAUCCAGUUUCUAAAAGUCCCGUUUCGCUUCAAUUCUUUCCAGCUUGAACAAUUCGCUCAAAUCUGCAGUUAUAUGAUUUUAAGCUCUCUCUUUGAUCACUAUAUACAUGGAAAGGCAGUGAACCACUUUGAUAUUAAAGUUCAUCACAGUUGCAUCCCACGCUUUUUGGUUGGAUUGACGAGGAAAACCUAACUAGAAGGAUCGCUGAUUGGAAAAAUUGAUGGUACGACAAAAUCUCAAGUCCGCAAAUCUCGAGGACCGUAAUCUUGUGUACGCAGAUCUAAAGUCCAAUAAUCUUGGAGACCAAAAUCUUGGGAACCACAAUCUUGGAAAGUAAAAAUCAACGCUUUUGCGAAUAGAUUUUAUCAGAAAUUGUAUUCGGUGAUCCAAACAAGAGAAUAUAAGUAGAUAAAGUGCAAUAAAGAAGACUAAAAAGGAAGAUUUUUGCUUUCCAAGAUUGUCGUUUCCAAGAUUUUUGUCUCCGAGAUUUUGGUCUCCAAGAUAAUAGGACUUUAGAUCUGCGUACACAAAGAUUACGGUCCUCGAGAUUUGCGGACUUGAGAUUUUGUCGUACCAUCGAAAAAUUACGGUCAACAUAUUUUAACAGUACGCUAUUUUUCAAAUAAAGUUCAAUGAGGCAAGAACGUAGCAGUAGAGUAAAACAGGGACUAAAAGCUUGGGAAAAAAAUUGAGAAAAUUUUUAAUAGAAGAAGAAAGUUCAACUGCGCUCUGUGGGCACCAAUUUCGAAAAAAAAAGUUUUGAAUUAGAACUUCAAUCACAUAGUGCGUAAACGAAUCGAAUGCAUGAGAAAAAUCUUGUUGCGCUUUACUUCGAGCUUUUGAAAGGCAAGAGUUCGAAAUAUUUUUUUGUUUCCUUCUGUUAAAUUAAUUGACUCUAUGAAUUGUCGGCAAUGAAGCUAUUUUUGAGCUUUGUACAACAUUUCAUUUUCCAGGAACAGUCCAACGGGUUUUUGUUUCUUCGGGAACUCUUUCGGUCAACAUUGACGGAAGUGUCCAAGUUCUCGCUGAAGAACUGUUGAAGGUUGAAGAUAUCGACGAAGCUGUAUGUUUCAGCGUUUCGACUCAUUAAAAAAUAUCAAUUUGAGGCUGCACGCGCCGAAUUGGAUGCCGCACAGAGAGCGAGUUCCGAAGGUAGCGAAGUUGCUCGCGCGGAAGCUCAAAUUCGUGCAGAGGUUCGCUUCUGAACUAAUUUUUUUACCAUUCACAUUUUGAACUAUUAAUUUCUUUAACUUCCUUUAAAACUUCAAAACGGCAAGAAAUAUCAUUCUCAAGCACUACAUUUUGUUCAAAACCGUUACUUUGAAUUUUUAUGGAAAUUUAUCUAUUGGUAGUAUUCUAGUGAACUAGUACUAUAGAAAGGUUUUUGUACCGGUUGAUAUUUAUUAAAAAAACUUUUUUUGACUAUUAUCUGAAAAAUUAAACCCAGAUUUCGCCCCCACCUUUUGUAACUGAUGUUCUUUUCUCCGUCUUUCUUUUCCAACAGAAGUCAUAAAAACGUGAAAAUAGUACGUGAAAUGAGAGCGUCGCCGAGAGAAAAAAAAAUAGAAGCGAAGAAGUUCAGGCUAUUCAAGUUGAAGUUUUUUUUCCCGAAAAGGUUGAGUUUCAAGCAUGAUGAAAUUUAGUAAAAAGAAAUUGAAAAUCUAGGAUAUUUUUCAGGUUGCCGAAGCCUUGUUGAAAGCCGCCACUAACCAGCAGUAA